AGUAUAUUUUUGAAAGAAAUAUUGAAAGGUAACAAUAUUAAUAUUACUUUCCAAUUAACGCCUAUUUGUGAAAAUUUCCCAAAACCUUUAUAAUUAGGAAACAAUUGGGUUAGAGAAAAGUGUGAAUGUGGGAUUUGUGCCGAAUUUGUUACUGGCCCAUUAAGAGACUACUGUUAUCGCACUAUCAAAACCCUAAAACCCAUAUUGCUCUUCUUCAUCAAUCAUCACCGCUUAUAUAAUGUCGAGGCUAUCACUAUGUCCAAGCAACAAUAUCAGAAUUAUUCCAGUUGUUGUCUUGUAAUUUUAAUUUUCUUUCUGUAUGAGAAAUCUCCAUUUCAUGGCGGCGGAGAGGGACAGAAAUGGACGCCCCGCCAUCUCUGAUCAAUACGCACGUCAAGCUUCUCGGUUUUGAUCUACAAAAUCUUAAGCCGAAUCCGUCAGAUCUGACCGUCUUCAACCGCAAUGGCGUUCGCGUCUGGCGGGUUGAGGUUCUCGGCGUGGUCGUGAGCAGGGAGUUCAAAUCUGGAAGUUUUCUGAAAUUCACAAUUGACGAUUCCACCGGAUGCAUUCCGUGCGUGCUCUGGCUGAAUCAUUUAACUUCUCCGUACUUCUCGCGGAGAAGUCAGCCAGAUGUUCUUGCGGUUGCCGAAAUGGCUUCAAAGUUUGCAGAUGAAGCGCAGAUCGGUGUCCUGGCUAGGGUUCGUGGUAAGAUCUCAUGUUACAGAGGAGUUGUGCAAGUCACAGUGUCUGAUUUGUUCAUAGAGAGAGAUUCGAACUUCGAGAUCCUUCACUGGUUGGAAUGUGUUAAAUUAUCUCGUAAUUUCUUCACAUAGUAAAUACAAAUGUAAUUGGAAUCACAGCCUAUCUACCUGAUGGCAUAUAUACAGGCCAAUGGCCAUGUUAACAUGUCUACAUCAUCACCUACAUGAGGAACAAAGGUUACUGCGUAAAUGAGGGGCCUGGGAAGACGAGAGCGAUAAAAGGAGUUUUGGGUUGAGCACAAUAAUUUUGACAUUAUAAUUCACUUUAAAGUUGAAUUUAUUUACAAAAAAACGCAAUGAGACAUGUUUAACAAUAUUUUUUCAUAAAAUAAUAUUAUUAUAUUAAUAAAUUAAAUGUAGUUAAAGUAGAAAAUAUGAAUAGUGUAAAAUCUUAGCUUUUACAUUUUUUUUAAGAACGGAGGUAGUAUUACUAUUGAUAAAUUUUAAUUUUUAUGUCUAGUGUCUUUUUUGUCGAUGUGCUAACUCUAGAGAAAACGUGCCGGUGUGAAGGAUUAGAAAAUGUAUAAGAAAAGUGUGUAGUUUCUUACAAUGUCUAAAGUUACCAUUUUAAUUGUGUCAAAGUUAAGACAUGGAAUAACAAUUUUUCGUCAAUUUUAACAAAGAAUAUCACAUUUACUUAAAUUCGGAUAACUGGGAAUGACAUUUAUAAAUUGAAUAAAAGGGGACCACACUCGAUAUAAAAACUAGUUUUGUCAUUUUGUGCACUCCAUUUCUCUGCGAUUUGUGCACUCCAUUUCUCUAAGUUCAACAGUAAUUGAAUACUGACAAAAACAUUUGUUGUAAGUAUUUUACUAAUAUUUUUAUGCUAAUAUUUAAUUUUCUGUGUAAUCAUAAUUUUUAAAAUUAAAAUUAUAGUCUUAUAUUUUUUUUUCAAUAACAUUUAUUUGCAUAUAUUUUAUUUAUUUAGAACACAUCAACACUGAUAAAUGGGAAAAUGUUCAGAAGAAUUCAAUUUUGAUUUCGUAACGAUAAAGCAAUACUCAAGUUCAAAGCUACAUUUUGUAGUGGUAAAUGGGAAAAUGUUCAGAAGAAUUCAAUUUUGA